GCGAGCAGCCCCACUGAAGCCAGGCGCAGGGUCUGGGACGCCGCUGGGAGCGCAGGGGGCUGGCUGCGCUGCAGGAGCAGCAGGCUGGGCCGGGCCUCCUGGGUGACAGGCUCUGCGUGGCCAGGAAGAAGGACCGGAGACCAGCAGGGAAGAGGCUGGACCUAGAGCAGGGGCAGCUGCCUCACUCCCUUACCUGAGCCAGCCGAGGGGGCCAAGGAAUUUAGAGCCCUGUUUCCUCCACCCUAAGAAAGACACUUGCUUCCCAGGGCGGCACUUUUUAUCUGAGACGGCCGUCUGCUGAAGGGGUCCUCGGAGCUUGGGUCCCCAUCCCGCAUUCCCUUCACCCAGGCCUCUAGGCCUCAGAGAGGCCCGAAGUCAGAAAGGAGGCCAGGCAGUCCUUGCUGCCCUCCUGGGGAGAGAGGAAGUUCUGCCUGCCCCCGGGCCCAGGAGGAGCUGGGCCCUCCCCAGCGAGGCCCUGGCCCCCAAGGCAACGGCGGCCAUGUCGCGGCCAGGCCAGGGUGGGAUGGUGCCCGUGAACGGUCUGGGCUUCCCGCCGCAGAACGUGGCCCGAGUGGUGGUGUGGGAGUGGCUGAACGAGCACAGCCGCUGGCGGCCCUACACGGCCACCGUGUGCCACCACAUUGAGAACGUGCUCAAGGAGGACGCCCGAGGCUCCGUGGUCCUGGGGCAGGUGGACGCGCAGCUGGUGCCCUACAUCAUCGACCUGCAGUCCAUGCACCAGUUUCGCCAGGACACAGGCACCAUGCGGCCCGUGCGGCGCAACUUCUACGACCCGUCGUCGGCGCCGGGCAAGGGCAUCGUGUGGGAGUGGGAGAGCGACGGCGGCGCGUGGACGGCCUACGACAUGGACAUCUGCAUCACCAUCCAGAACGCCUACGAGAAGCAGCACCCCUGGCUCGACCUCUCGUCGCUCGGCUUCUGCUACCUCAUCUACUUCAACAGCAUGUCGCAGAUGAACCGCCAGACGCGCCGGCGUCGCCGCCUGCGCCGCCGCCUGGACCUGGCGUACCCGCUCACCGUCGGCUCCAUCCCCAAGUCGCAGUCGUGGCCCGUGGGCGCCAGCUCGGGCCAGCCCUGCUCGUGCCAGCAGUGCGUGCUGGUCAACAGCACGCGCGCCGCCUCCAACGCCAUCCUGGCCUCGCAGCGCCGCAAGGCACCACCUGCGCCCACGCAGCCGCCGCCACCGCCGCCCGGAGGGCCGCCGGGACCCCUCGCCGUGCGCCCCAGCGCCACCUUCGCCGGCGCCGCGCUCUGGGCCGCCCCCGCCGCCGGCCCUGCGGAGCCCGCGCCGCCCCCCGGGGCGCCCCCACGGAGCCCGAGCGCCCCCGGCGGCGCGCCCACCCCGGGGCAGAACAACCUCAACCGGCCGGGGCCGCAGCGCGCCACCAGCUUGAGCGCGCGCGCCUCCAUCCCGCCGGGGGUCCCCGCGCUCCCGGUGAAGAACUUGAACGGUACUGGGCCCGUCCACCCGGCCCUGGCAGGCAUGACCGGGAUCCUGCUCUGCGCGGCGGGGCUGCCCGUGUGCCUGACGCGGGCCCCCAAGCCCAUCCUGCACCCCCCGCCCGUGAGCAAGAGCGACGUCAAGCCCGUGCCCGGCGUGCCCGGGGUGUGCCGCAAGACCAAGAAGAAGCACCUCAAGAAAAGUAAGAACCCCGAGGAUGUGGUUCGAAGGUACAUGCAGAAGGUGAAAAACCCACCUGACGAGGACUGCACCAUCUGCAUGGAGCGGCUGGUCACAGCAUCCGGCUACGAGGGUGUGCUCCGGCACAGAGGCGUGCGGCCUGAGCUCGUAGGCCGCCUGGGCCGCUGCGGCCACAUGUACCACCUGCUGUGCCUCGUGGCCAUGUACUCCAACGGCAACAAGGAUGGCAGCCUGCAGUGCCCCACCUGCAAGGCCAUCUACGGGGAGAAGACAGGGACGCAGCCACCAGGGAAGAUGGAGUUCCACCUCAUCCCCCACUCGCUGCCCGGCUUCGCUGACACCCAGACCAUCCGCAUUGUCUACGAUAUCCCCACAGGCAUCCAGGGCCCCGAGCACCCCAACCCGGGGAAGAAGUUCACUGCAAGAGGCUUCCCGCGCCACUGCUAUCUGCCCAACAACGAGAAGGGCCGGAAGGUGCUGCGGUUGCUCAUAACGGCCUGGGAGAGGAGGCUGAUCUUCACCAUCGGCACGUCUAACACCACUGGCGAGUCGGACACCGUCGUUUGGAACGAAAUCCAUCACAAGACCGAGUUCGGGUCCAACCUCACGGGCCACGGCUACCCGGACGCCGGCUACCUGGACAACGUGCUGGCGGAGCUCACAGCCCAGGGCGUAUCCGAGGCCACCGCCAAGGCCUGAGGCCCGGCGCUGCCCACCUUCCCUCCUGCUUUGCCCUGGUCCGGCAUACACCGCCUUCCGCCAGGCGCGUCCUGGUGGCCCAGGUUCAGGGCUGGGAAGGAGCCGGAGAUGUUCAGGGGAUCUGGCCAGUGGCAGCUGGGAUGAUGGGAGAUGUCACAUCAGGCCAGCCAGCUCCGACCCGUAGCUCCCUGAGAGGGCCACAGAGAGAGUACCGGAAACCACAGGGACCUCCCUACCAGAAAGACAGAGACCCGCCCCCACACACACAAACACACGUGUCCCAUCGAACACAUGCACGCACACCCACGUGCCUCUACUUGUCCCCAAGCUGGGGGAGAAGAGACAGAAGGCCCCGUGAUACCCCAUGUGGAGCCCAUCUGUGUGUCUCACAUCUGUACAGGCUUGUCUGCAAACAGGACUCAGGUCUAGCCCUUGGGGCCUGCCAGGGCUCCUGGGGGAAAAAGGGACUCGGGAAGCUCAGUCCACCCCACGCCUCGCCCACCCCAUGCCGCCACCCAUCUCUGCCACCCACCAACUGGGCAACUGUGGGCCCAUGGGGUAGAAGCCCCCAGAUUACUGAGCAGUUCCAAAAGGAUGGCCAGGGCACACGGGGACUGGAGGGGUCUUAUUCUGUGCUGUGUCUCUUCAUCCUGCUGGGACCCUGACCUCCUUCCCCUCCCACCCCCAGGCCUUAUGUCUGUCCCAGAUAAAGGCCCUGCUCCCUUUCCUCCCUCCCUGCCCCAUCCUCUCCACCAAAUCGCUCCCGACUUUGAGAUCUGAAGGCUGGAGCUUCCAGCUUCAGGAGCAAGAGGAGGAGGCCUCGUUCCAGGCCGGUGUGUUGACAAGGCAGAGUGGACAGCAAAGAGUGAAUUUCCCUUUCCUUGGGAGUGGGCAGGGGGGGGUGGCUAAUAGUCUCCGGCCAACCAGGGGCCUGUUGCCCAGGCAACUCACCAGCUCCGCCUCUGUUGAUUGGCUGCCACGGUGGAAGUCAGCCAAGAUUUAAAGGGAUGCCAGCGAUUGCUCUUUUGAAAACCUACCAGUCCCACUGUGGGUGGAGAAAUAAAUGGUCUUUCUCCUCCUC